AUGGAUCAAUAUCACUUUCUAUUUAAAUACAUUAUAGUUGGUGAUACGAGUGUUGGAAAAUCAUGCAUAUUGUUAAAUUAUACUGAGAAGAAAUUUAAUGAGGACCAUGAAACAACAAUCGGAGUAGAAUUUGGAAGUUAAUUAUUAAAAAUCAAUGACAAGACAAUAAAGAUUUAAAUUUGGGACACUGCUGGAUAAGAGAGCUUUAGAUCCAUAACUAGAUCGUAUUAUAAAGGAUCUAUUGGAGUAGUUCUAGUUUUUGAUUUAACCAAAAAAGACAGUUAUUAUAAUGUGAUGAAAUGGCAUAAUGAAAUAUUAGAUUGCACACAUGAAUUCGUUGAGAUUAGUUUAGUUGGGAAUAAAUUAGAUUUAGAAUCAGAUCGUCAAGUUUCGACUAAAGAGGCCCUUGAAUAUGCCCAGUCAAAUAAAAUGAAUUAUGUUGAAACGUCUGCAAAAACUGGUUAGAAUGUAGAUAAAGUAUUCGAAGACAUAGCUCAGCGAAUAUUAGUAAAAAUUGAGAAUAAGGCAAUUGAUUACACAUAAGAAGUGUAUGGAAUUAAAUUAGGACCUUUCUUUCAGAAUCCAAAAUAAGUAACAAAUACAUCUUCAACUCUAAAGUCAGAACCAGAGAAGAAGGAUAAAACAUGUUGUUGA